AUGCGCCGUAUCAGUACCGCCCUGCUGGCCGCGCAAUUAUGUGCGGCCACCCGCCAUGGGUUCAGCAUACAUCAUGACCUACUAGCAUACCCUCAGUUUGAGGUCGUCUUCUCAGACGCUUUCAUAUCCGAACCCGAGGCGAAAGUCCUGUUGGAUCCAAGCCACGCCGUCGACGCAAACGAGAAGGACAUACAAACCGCCUCUGCAACGUCGGACCCGACUGAUGGCGGCCACAAGGUCACCGAGACGUACGAGAUCAUGACCAUGCACCCGCACAAGUACUUGUGCGCGAUUCCCGUUAUCGAGACACCGCCGACCCAGAACAAGACCGAGACGGAGCUGGCGAAAGCGGAGGAGGCGCGUGAGCUGGCUAGGGCCUCGGCGCACGGCUGGGAGCUCGUCAAUGGCCUCGACGGCGCAUGCUUAUAUUACGUCUCGGGCUGGUGGAGCUACAGCUUUUGCUAUGGCAGUGAUGUUGUCCAGUUCCAUGCGCUGCCCUCCAAGGGCGGGCCGCCACAGAGGGACCCAAACAGCCAGGAAUAUGUGCUCGGCAGAGUCGAGGGCCCGUCAUCCUCCACGUCAACCUCCCGCCGCGGAAGGGGAAACAAGGCCACGCCCGUACCCGCCAAAGAGGCAAAGGCCAAGACUGCAUCCCCGCCAAACACGGAACUGCAGGUCAAGGGCGACCAGCGCUACCUGGUCCAGCGCAUGGAGGAUGGCACCAUCUGCGACCUGACAAACCGUCCCAGGACCAUCGAGAUCCAGUACCACUGCAGCCCUGGCAGCACUCAGGACCGUAUCGGGUGGAUUAAGGAGGUCACCACGUGCGCGUAUCUGAUGCUUGUCAACACCCCGCGCCUCUGCUCCGACGUGGCCUUCCAGCCCCCGGCGCCGUCACGCGCAAACGUCAUCAGCUGUCGCACAAUCGUUCCCGAGGCCGAGCAAGCAGCUUGGCACGCCCAGAAGACCCUGGAGGCGAAGGCUGCCAUGGUCGGCCAGCAGCGCAAGGAUGCGCAAGCACCCAUCAGCGUUGGGGGCGUGGUCGUCGGCGCCAGGCAGGUUCAGGGCAAGGGCGAGGACGGUCAGGAACCCGCCCAGCUCAAGCCGCCGCGGAACUUUGCCAGCGGCAACAAGGACAACACCAUCGUGGAGAUCAUCGCGCUAGGGAACACCAACGAAGAUGGGUCCAUGGAGGUCUUGAGCGACGAGGAUCUGCAAAAGCUCGACCUCGACCCAAAACUGGUCGAGGAGCUCAAGAAGCAGAUCCAGGAGAUGGCCGGCGACAAGAACUGGAAGCUAGAGGUCGCCGAAGACCCGGGCGCCGCUACCCGUGAGAUCCGCGGUGUCAUUGGCUCUGACGACGACGAUGACAGCGAAGGCGAAGGCGAAGACGGCCAAGGAAAGCAAGAGGGUAGUGAAGAGAAGUUCUUCAAGGAGGAACUCUAG